GAGGAUCCUUUGUCCCCGAUGUGGCAUUUUCGUUAUUUCAAGCUGCCGUCACGAGCAAACGAGAAUUCUAAAUAGAAUCAGGGUUUCAUUCGAUCCUCCGCUGAAGCGAGCCGCAGCUGUUCGACUCCUACGCUCGCCCCCGUCUUCGAUCUCUCUCUCUCUCUCGCGAUGGGUUCCAAGAAGAAGCUGUCGAACCGGAUGCGGGAUAUCAAGGUCCAGAACCUCGUCCGCAACGUCUCUGUGGCAGAGAGUCGCGAUCGCUUCACUAGAGCCGCUAAGGUUCUAGAGCAGUUGAGCGGGCAGACACCAGUUUUCUCAAAGGCGAGUUACACUGUCCGGUCGUUUGGUAUCAAGCGUAAUGAGAAGAUUGCAUGCUAUGUUACAGUCAGAGGUGACAAGGCCAUGCAACUUCUGUUGAGCAGACUGAAAGUGAAAGAAUAUGAGCUGUUGGGGAGAAACUUAAGCAAUAUUGGUUGCUUUUUUUUUGGUAUACAAGAACACAUUGAUCUUGGGAUUAAAUCUGAUCCUUCAACUGGUAUCUAUGGCAUGGAUUUCUAUGUCGUCUUGGAGCGAGCUGGCUAUCGUGUGAGCCAUCGACACCUAUGCAGCAUCACAAAGGAGGACGCAAUGAAGUGGUUCCAAGUGAAAUAUGAGGGUGUCAUCCUCAACAAGGCUCAGGCAGUCACAGGUCCUUGGAGUUUGGUAUGACUGGACCCUGAAAGUUGUUCUACAGAUAAAUUAGCGCUUGUCUUUUUUUUUUUCUGCAUCAGAGUUUUUUUCUUUUUUACACAAAAAGAAAAUAAGCUACUGUUCCAAUUUUGUGUGACAAAGAUAUUUGUGCUUUUAGCAGUUGGAGAUGUUAUUUUGUUGCUA